AUCCGUGAAAAAGGGUCUGAAUUCCUGAAGGAAGAGCUGCACAAAGCACAAAAGGAGCUGAAGCUGAAGGACAAGGAAUGUGAGAAAUUAUCAAAAGUCAGAGAACAACUGGAGCAGGAACUAGAGGAGUUAACAGCUAGCCUAUUUGAGGUCCCACCCUCUUCCUUUUCCCAUAAUUUCUUAAACUAAGCUUAUAUCUAACUCCUUUAAGACAGGCUUUCCCUGAACUUCCAGCCAUCUCCUCCCACAGCUUCCUCCUCCUGUUUUUCUUUUCCCACUUGGAGAAGUGGUGCUGGGCAGUGCUGCAGGCACAGCCUCAGAGCAGGGGCUUGUAACUUCUCCUAGGGAGUAUUUACAUGCAUUUCUUUUCCCUUCUAGCAGCUGUGGGGUGGCAUAAAGAGCACAUUAGUUAUAGGUCUCCAUUUGGUAGCAAAAACAGAUGUGGGGAUGGUUAUAGCUGGAGCUAAGCAUAGCUCUCUGCCCCUCUCCUAUGUGUGCUCAUGAGUCUGGACAGCAGUUGCUGUGUAAUAGAGAUGAUUCCCUGGCUCGUGUCAGCCCUUGCUUGGGGUGGGAACAAGCUGGAUGUCCUCAUGUACUCUGCUCCAGUGAUUGUUCAGAAGGCCUGUUGGUUGGGUAUUUCUCGUAACAUGAUUCUUACCAAGCUCUUGCCUGACAAGAUCCCAUUUACCAUCAGCUCUAAUGUCUGGAUUUGACUGAGCAGCAAGGAAAAAGCCAGAGCACAUCUGUACCUUUGAAACAUAGGCUGGUGCUGAGUGUGAGGGCCAGGAGAGCAUCCCCUUCCUGGAAGCUUGGUUUCCUGAGCUCAGGGUGAACAUAGAGGUAAUGUAGCUGAGGGCUGUUCACUUCCUUUGGUGGCCUUGGACAGCAGGGAGGCUCCAGCUGGGCUUCAGACCACUCCCCUCAUCCUGUGAGAGAUGCUUUUAAGCUGCCUCUGCCAUUUGGUCUCCACCUGAGCUACAGCUCCUGCUGUGUUGCAGCCAUGCACAGAGCAGUGAGGAGCUGGCUGGUCUGCAAGGGAAGUGGGAGCAAAGUGCAGUAACAAGCAAGAGCAGUGACCUCACCAGUGAGGAGCCAAGAUGUGGAGCCGCAAGUCUGGAUCAGGAUUAGUGCCACAGACAGAAACCAAGGUCAUAAAACAGUCCAGUGAUCAACCAGCAAGUCUCCUGUGACUGCAGUGACAGCAUAGGUCUGAGGUUGAGUCAAGAAGCCAAGCUGAGUCAAGUUCAGAGUUGCAGAGGUAUUGGACUGGGUGCAGACACAACUGCUCCACAGCAGUGAUGUAGCAUAGGAAGCACACAAGAUGGUGAGAGAAGCAAACACUAAACAGGCGGCAUCAGAGAAACAGCUGAGGGAGGCACGGGGGAAGAUUGACAUGCUGCAGGCCGAGGUAACAGCUCUGAAGACAUUGGUCAUCACAUCAACACCUUCUUCUCCAAAUCGGGAGCUGCACCCUCAGCUGCAGAGCCCUUCUAAAGCUGGCUUCAGAAAGGGCCAUGGGCGAAACAAAAGCACCAGCAGUGCAAUGGUCUCAGCUGCCAGCCAGAAUGUGACUCCAGAGCCUGUCAGCCGUGAAUGCAAAGAGUCUGGGUUACCUGCUCUUCUCUCUCUGCUCCUCUGUUUCAUCCCUGGGAAGGCAAUCCACAUCACCUAUGAACCAAGCUGGCAGGCCUUGGGGGCAGAUGCUUCCUCGUCCUUGCAGCAGGUCGACUCCAUUUUAUUUGCUGAGUUCCAGGCCUGGAAGGAAUCUCCAACCUUGGAUAAAUCCUGCUCCUUCCUGGACAGAAUUUAUCGGGAAGAUGUAGGACCUUGUCUGGACUUCACUAAGCAUGAGCUGUCGGAACUGGUGCGAGUGGCUGUGGAGCAGAAUACACUCACCAUUGAGCCAGUUGCUUCUCAGACACUGCCUGUGGUGAAGGUGUCAGCAGAAGAGUGUAGUGGCCCAAAUGGGUUCCGGUCACAAAUUGUAACGAAAUGUGCUCUGAGUGGCCUUCCCAGGACCUGCAAGCACCGCAUCAUGCUGGGGGAUUCUGGGAAUUACUACUACAUUUCACCAUCCUGCAGGGCCAGGAUCACAGCGGUGUGCAACUUCUUCACAUACAUUCGCUAUAUCCAGCAGGGCUUGGUGAGGCAAGAUGUGGAGCUGAUGUACUGGGAGGUCAUGCGGCUCCGGAAGGAGAUGUCUCUGGCCAAACUUGGGUUUUAUCCCAGUGAGAUGUAAGCAGAGGCCUAAGCAUGGAAGAAAACUGGUCCUGUAUGAACAGCUUGUCAAAUGUAGUCUGCCAAACAGAUGAAUGCAGUGCCUCUCCUGCAACGGGCCUUACUUGCUCCUUGCCUUUCUCUGCAUGAAGCUGAUCAAGGAGCAAGAAGCACAAGUUCCACCUUCAGCUGUCCCACAUCUCGAACUGUGAGCAGACUGCAGCUGCCAUGCUACCUUCUCAGAGCUGGGCUGGGCCUGGCUGCUCUGGGGUGGCCGCCUAUAGACUGUCCUCUAUGGAGUCUCCUAUAUGCAGUGUAUAUCCAUAUGUUUGUUUUAAUCUUUUGUUUUUAUAUGCAAGCUGCUUUGGCAUAACCCGAGGCCAGCCCUGGGCAAAGCAGGAGUCCUGGACCUUCUUUGUAAGCAAAUCUUUCAGGACAGAUGCUGGCUGUCUGUCCAUCUGAUCCACUCAUUCUUUGGGGUGGAGGGUGCUGUGCCCAGCCAUACACUUAGGUCCUGCUGACAAAUUACUCCCCUAAUGGCCUUGUAAAUGCCAGCAGCACACAAUCUUAUGGAGAGCCAUGAACAGCCUGUUUCCAAGUACUUCCUGGCUUCUUUUAAAGGGGCUUGCAAGAGAAGCUUUCUGCCAACUGAGUCACAAAGAGGGAUUUGUUUCUGGUUUUGGCUUGCGAUUUGGCCCAGGGUGAUCCAGGCUGGGGGAACAGGCAGAGCAGGGGCCAGAGCUGUGCACCUGAGGCCUUCAGCAGAAGAGAGUGAGCUUGGAAAGCCAUAACUCUCAGCUUGGCUGCAGUCAGUGCAGGAUCUUUUCUCCUGCUCUAGAAAAUCUGCUGCAGUUGCCACAGGCAGAUGCAGACCUUGAUGUGUUGGUGCCAGUCCUUGGUGCAGAAGUACCCCCAUGGUGCUCUUAGAAACCUCACUCACAAAGAUGUCUUUGAGGUGUUCUGCUCUGAGGGAUCUUUGGGCAGUGUUGUUCCCAGAGUUUAGAUAAAACCUGUGGUCCCAGCCUGGGUUCUUCAUGUCUCCAGAAGUAGCAUGCCCAGGCUGGACAGUCCUGAGGCCUUCCUUGUAUGGCUUUAUACCUAGACAUGCAUGUCCACUGAGAAACCCAGCUUCUGGGCUCCCAUCCCCAGUAAGGAAAUCUGAGACAUCUUUGUGUGCACAUGAGGGAUGUGGCUGUGGUUCCCAUGUGCCUCAAAAUGUUCAGGGAGGGAUGUCAUUAAAGGUGUUGGAGGCCCGCUACAGCUUGAGCUCAGACCCAGGCUUGGCUGUACAGGGAUGUGUUAAAGCCAUUACAAUGUUUUGUAGCCAAUUUAGCCUUUUUUUGUCAGCGACUCUGGAAUCUGCUGAGCCACCACGUACCCUGGGGUUUUCAUCUCCUGUGGCAUUUCUGCAGUCUUGGCUGUCCCUCUGCCAUCAUCGUAACUCUCAUCUUAGCAAGUUGGUGUCCAGAGCCACAUCACCAUCCUCAGCUCCAGUCAGUUUCAUCCUCUCCUGAGAGAUGCUUCAGUAGGAACUCUGUAUCGUCAGUGGAAAAAAACCUGAGCUGCUGUGUUUCUGUUCAGUAGAGGGAGGAAUAGACAGGGAAGGUGAAAGUUCUGGUUUGGAAUCUAAUACAAGGACAGAUUCACAGCAGAGUUGAGAAAGCCUUCCUGUAGAAGACCCCCAUGAGCACAAGCUUUGCUGUCACUGAGCACACUCCCAGGAUGGUGCUGGGUUGCUCCUUAUAGCUAUACUGGCACAUGGUAUUGCUUGCCAAGGUUUAGUAGCCAUGUGAAACUUGAUAUCCCCAGAGCUGAGAGGACACACUGCACAAUACAUGUGAGUAUUGAAUCCAUCUCCUUCAGCUUGGAAAGGGCUGACCUCUAGGACUGAAUUCUGAACAUCUCAGUUCUGCUUUUGCUUCCCAUAGCUGAGUGCCCUGACUCAUGCUGCUCACCCUGGCUAGACGAGUGCAUACAUCUGCUACUCUUCACCAAAGGAGUAUAAUGUGGAGAAAAAGCCUGAAGGAUAUGUCUUUGGGUAAAAGUUUGGCUGGUUCUUGAGCUAGUGAUAAGCCUGCAUCUUUUGGUGGUGUCUGCAGACCUGUAGCACUUUAACAUCACCUUUCCAGAGGAGAAAAUCCUUCCCCAGCUGCAGAUUCCAGCUCAGGUAAAUCCUAUCCCUGGCAGUUUUCUCCUUGUAUCUGCUCCCCCUGACCUGAUCUCUACAUGUCCUGUGCCAUUUGCUACGGCAUUGCACAGCAGACAUGGCUGCAUUGCAGCACUGGGAAUGAGAUGAUCUUUUUGUGUAGAUGUUUUGGUUUGAGGGCUAUUCCCCCUGCCUCGGUGUCACUUUGUAAAGCACUUUGAGGUGAAAGGAGCUGAAGAAAAGCAUUGUGUAAGGUUGUCUUCCAUUUGAAACAAAACAGAGCAAUUUACAGAUUAAUAUGAAGUCACUCCAUUAACAGCGGGAUGGUUGCACCCUGCUCUUUAUUACAGGAAAAUAAACUUUUGCUAUUAACCUCUUUAAAA